AUGCGUUUGGAGAAGACAACAUCUAACAGAAGAGUUGGAAGAAUGAAAGCGUACAUGAAGAAAUACGAUAUUGUUGGUCAAAGGAUAUUCAGGGCAAAGGUGUGUGAAGUUGUAUUUCCACAUACAACAUCAAUACUUGCACCACCAGAGAAGAUAAUAGAUGUUGUGGCUAAUGGAAAUUAUGGGUUUCACGCAAUUGCAGCAUUAUUAGGUUGGAUUGAAGAAUCUUGGCCUUUAGUUCAAUCACAGUUGGAUAAAGAGAUUCGUCUACAUCAAGAUCUUUAUUCCAAUGUUUUUUAUGACAGUGUUCAAUCAGUGUGCAACUCAUUGAAAAUAUCAGGAUUGGGUGCUCAAGGAAAAAAUAAGUGGGCGUCGUUACCAAACUUGGGUUACGUGAUAGCAACACUAUAUAAUGUCAUAUUGGUGUCGUUGCCUCGUAAUCUGAAUAUGACAUUUUUUCCGCUAAACAAAGCAUCAUCGAAAGAGUCUUCCGUUCACUCUUUACUAGCAAUUGGAUUCGUCAAUGAAAAUCAUUGGGUACAGAUAAAUUAA